UCUCAUCCAUAUCAUCCCAUCCCAAUAACAAACACUGAAACCCAUCUUCAAAAAAACCAAAUAGAAGUGAAAAAAUGAACUCAACCAUGGGUGGACCAAGAGCAAAUGAUUUCAGAAACUUGAGUUCUCCAAUUCCCUACCUCUUUGGUGGCUUAGCCUUCAUUCUUGCAGUGAUUGCAGUUGCAUUGCUCAUCCUAGCUUGUUCUUAUCGUAGAAAAUACUAUUCUUCCGACUCAGCUAGUGAUGAAGAGAAAGCACCCAAGAUGGUGAAUAAUAAUGUUUCAGAGCCAAAGAUUGUUGUGAUCAUGGCUGGUGAGAGCAACCCCACUUUUUUGGCCAAGCCAGUUCCAUCCACAGCCCACACUGGAUCAGAGUCUGAGUCUGAGUCAUAAACACCGUCUUCUUCAAACUUUUUAACUAUAGUGGAGUCUCCUUUCUUCAUUACUUUUUUUUUUACAAAACUUAAAUAUGAGACAUUGUUUAAUGGAACUAAAUUCAGUGCUAUUCAGACCAACUAUUUCACAGUGUUUUCCUUGUUUUUCUGGUUUAAUUUUGAUCCAUUAGUUAUAUAAAUGAAUACAAUUUUGUAGCUCAUUAAACUCUUGUUGAAUCUGCGAGAUAUGAUGUAAUUGAUUGAAGAGAAUGAAAUGGAUAUGGUAUAGUGUUCAAAUUUUUUUUGUU